AUGCUCCAUCGACGCGGUGCAGGCGGCCCCAAGCCAAAGGGGUGGACACGUGCCGCCAAGAACGCCUUCCUAAUCCACUUUGGUGUGCGCACGGGCGGUGCUCCAGUGGACGCCACUGCCGACGGCGCCGCCGCCGACCCGCCCGCCGCCGACCCUCCCACCGAGGAGGUCGACGGAGCUGCAGACCCAGCGAUGCAGUCCGAGGCCGCCGCUCCGGCGGCAGAGGCUGACGUCCCGAUGGCGCAAGCGCUGAGCGAUGCCGAGCUUUCAUCAGAUCACGAGCACGAGGAGCAGCCGCUGCUCCAUGAGCAGCGGCUUGCGACAGUCAACCAGGAGCAGGCACGGCUUGAGGCGCUGCGUUGGACCGAGGAAGAGGUGGCUUUGUGG